AUGGGUGUUUUCCAGUCUGCUUGGGAGCAGUACCUUGCUCUCAUGGCGAAGUCCCCUGUCGCCUGCGCCUUCGUUACAGUCGCCGUGUUUAUCUCGUUCCUCGUCACCUGGGCUCAGUUCGAGUACAAGCCGUCGGAGCCGCCAUUCGUGCCAUACUACAUUCCGUUCAUCGGAUCGAUGAUUCAGUUUGGCAUCCACCCGAUCAACUUUAUUCGGGAGAACCAAAAGAAGUACGGCAACUUCUUCACCUUCUUGAUGUUUGGCCGCAAGAUGACCGUGUGCGUGGACAUUGACGGCAACGACUUUGACGCCUACAACUCGCUGACCAAGCCCGUGUUUGGCGCCGACGUCGUCUACGACGUGCCGAACGCCGUGCUGAUGGAGCAGAAGCGCAUGGUGAAGGCUGGGCUGUCGAUCGAGAACUUUAGGUCGUAUAUCCCGAUCUUCAUCGAGGAGACCAACCAGUACGUCGACAAGCACUGGACGAAGGAGGAGGACACGGUUGAUAUUCUCAAGGCCAUCUCGGAGAUGAUCAUUAUGACCGCAUCGCACACGCUGCUGGGCCCCGAGAUCCGCUCGAAGCUGUACGAGGGCGUGGCUGACCUGUACCACACGCUCGAUGGGUGCUUCACCCCGAUCCACUUUUUGUUCGAGUGGCUGCCGCUGCCGUCGUACUACGCGUCCGACAAGGCCCACGACGAGCUGGAUGGAAUCUUCGGCAAGGUCAUCAAGGAGCGUCGCGCCAACCCCGAUGUCAAGCACACCGACAUGCUGGACGUGCUGAUGAACGCAAAGUACAAGAAUGGCAAGGAGAUGACUGACAAGCAGGUCGGCAACAUGCUGAUUGCUCUGCUGAUGGCUGGCCAGCACACAUCGGCGGCCACCACCACCUGGUUCGCCGACAAGGCGCGUGCCGAGAUGGAGAAUAUGCUGGGCGCCAAGCUCGUCGGCAAGGACAUCCCAGAGCCCUCGUACGAUCAAGUCAAGGACUUCUCGGUUCUGGAUAACGUUGUGCGCGAGACCCUGCGCAUCCGCUCGCCGCUGGUUCAGAUCAUGCGCAAGGUGAUCAAGCCCGUCGCCAUCCCCAACACCGACUACGUGAUCCCCGCUGGCAACUACCUGGUGGCCUCGACCGCCAUCUCGGCGCUCGACGAGAAGUACUACAAGAACGCCGAGGACUGGGUGCCGUCGCGCUGGGAGCAGGACGACGAGGCAGAGGGCGCUGCCGACAAGGCCACGACUGACUACGGCUUUGGCGCCACCACGACCUCGGCCCGCUCGCCCAACCUGCCGUUUGGCGCUGGCCGGCAUCGCUGCAUUGGCGAGCAGUUUGCCUACCUGCAGAUCAAGACGAUCCUGUACGUGCUGCUGUCGCGGUUCGAGUUCUCGCUGGACCCCAAGCGCGGCAUGCCCGAGCGCAACUACCAGUCCAUGGUCAUGCUGCCCGAGGGCCCUGUGCUUACCCACUACAAGCGUCGCCACGACUAA